CUUCUUCCAAUCAGCGGCGUCAGAGCAGGGCGUCACCGUCUAUGGAUGUAAACAUUUCUCUCUGACGGACAACCUCCGAGUUAUGUUACGUUUACGUUUGUUGAGUUUUCUUUAGUGAGUCGACAGGUCGAAUUCAGGAGGAGGAGCUCAAAAGUGUUGAAAAAGAAGUCACGCUCAGAUCAAAAUGUCCUCCACUGCCCCGUCUGUCCUCCUAAACAAAGGGGUUCAGAUGCCCCUCCUGGGUUUGGGUACGGGUACCUACAGGUUGUUGUCUCCUGAAGAUUUUUACCUGGCUGUGGAUGCAGCGCUGGCUGCUGGUUAUCGGGUCUUUGACAGUGCAGCUGUCUAUCAGAAUGAAGUCCAAUUGGGCCGUACCCUGAAGGAGCUCCUGCCCAAACAUGGUUUAACGAGAGAAGAUGUAUUUAUAACCAGUAAGCUGGACCCCAAGGAUCAGGGUGAGAGGGCCAUGGAAGGAGCCCUGCACAGCCUGUCUCAGCUGGACUUGGGUUACAUUGACCUCUACCUGAUCCACGAGCCUGGCACUGAGGGUCUGGUAGUGACUGACCAACGCAACCCAGGCAACCGAGCUCAGAGUUGGGCCACAUUGGAGGAGUUGCAUGCCCAGGGGAAGCUAAAGGCCAUAGGAGUGUCCAACUACACACCAGCACACAUGAGAGAACUGCUGCAGAGCUGCAAAACCCCUCCUGCAUUGCUACAGGUAGAGUUUCACCCACGACUGUGCCAAACCGAGCUGAGGAGUGUGUGUGAUGAGUAUGGAGUGUGUUUCCAAGCCUUCUCUUCCUUGGGGAAAGGAGACCUGGUCACCAACCCUGUGGUCAUGGAGGUGGCAAAGAACUGUGAACGCACACCUGCACAGGUCCUGUUGCGCUGGGCUGUGCAGCAGGGCGUCCCAGUGAUUCCCAAGUCGUCAAAUCCAGGCAGAAUAAAGGACAAUGCCAAGAUUUUUGACUUCACACUGAGUGACACAGACAUGGACAGACUGUCAGCUUUGGACUGUGGGCACAAAUACGACUGGGAUUCAUCAGAAGUUGUUUGAUAGACCAUUAGUGGAACAAACACUAUUUUCCAUAUGACUGACUGUAACCACACUAUGAAACCACUACCAGAGAAAGGAACUAAUUGUUUAGACACAACUAGAUGAAGUUUAUUCUGGGUUGUCAGUGGAUUUAACAUAAUGAAUACUAUAUCUAAGAGGUAAAGUAACAUCCUAGCCAAUCUGUUGUGCCAUUGUCAGAUCAUUUUCCUACUGACAAACAUUUGUUCUGUUUACUGAUCUGCCAACAUGCCAUCAUAAAAUCAUGCUCUCACCAAAUUGAAUUAUAGCUUUUUGUGUCCUGGUGUCUCUGAAUUAAAACACUCACUUUAAAACCACUCUUAAAAUCAUUUAUUUAGGACAGCAUAUACCAGAAGUUUCACAGCUGUAGAGAAAAUACAUUUACAAAAGUCAUUAAAAAAAAGAAGAAAAAAAAACAAACAAAACAAAAGGACAUAUUAAAAAUUCAAUUUUCUCCACACACGUCUCCAGAUUCAAGUAAUAUCAAGGAUGGUUGCAAAACUCCAGGUGCCCAGGCAGGUCUUUCCUGUGGGGUGUGUUCACUGCCAAAAAUGUUCAAAAGUCAUUACUUCUGUUUAAAUGGCUCUAUCUGCUAAAACCAGUGUCAGCCAUUGUGUUUUUCUCACAGUUGUGACAGCGAACGCACCUCAGUGUUAUUGUGCUUUUUUUCUCUCUUUGUUUUCUUUUCUUGAGCGUAAUGUGUGACAGCGAGCUGAAGAGUUUAAGGCGGUAAUUGGGUAAAAACAGACAGGCCUGGUAAUGCUGUGUCACAUCACAGGUUACAGCAUGUUCAAGGCAGUUCAGAACAAUAUUUAUACUCUUAGAAAUCCGGCUGAACUUUAUUUCCAAGAGGGAGUAAAGCAUUCAUAUGUGGCCCCAAGCUCUCAACACCAUGUACAUAUUCUCUGCCAGCUGAUCAACUGUACUACAUGUGUUAAAGUACAGGUCUACAAGGAGAAGUAAACUCAUUCCUGAUCCCCAUGUUCCCUGAUCUGAUAUCAUUAAAUGGUAGCUUCUGUUUUAAGAAGUGUAACAGCAUAAUCUAUCUGUGUUAACUGUGUUGGGAGCUUUAUACCAGAUAUUAAUUCAAUGUAAGAGUUACCUAAAUGUUUUUACACAGUCAGGGUGGUGCAUAUGUUACCAAACACAUGGUCGACUGAAUCUUACAAGAAGGUGUUGCCAUUCAGAUUGUCUUAAAACUCUGAUUUAAUAAACUCGAACCGAGUUGAGGCAAAGCUAUGAAAAAAGGUGGAGCGAAAGCUUUAGUUUAAAGACAAUACAAACGCAGCCCCUCAGCCUGCACACCCGAGCACUUCACAACUCAACCCUACAAGUCGAGAGGAAGAGAUAAGACACAAGUAGAACAAAUUUCCAAUAAUCACAUUGAUUAACAAGUCACAAAUAGCCUAAUCAUAUUUACCAAGCCGUGUAGAAGUGCUGAUCAUAGAUUAUAUUAAUAUGAACAAUAAUAACUCCCAGAAAUGUCUUAUUGCGUGUAGUAUGUCCCGUCCAAAAGCUUAACAUAAUACACAAAUAGCAAAUUCAGCAUCAGAUCAGCACUCCUAGAUCUAAGGCCUGAUAGAUUAAGAUCCCAUUUUAUUCACAUCCCAAUGCAGAUGAAAGCAAACAACCCACGCUUAUAUUGUUUUAUAACCCAACAGGACUGAUUUUUAGUAGUAGUUUGAAAAAAUCGAUUUUAAAUCCCUCCCUUCACAUCUGCUUUUCCAUGUGACCAGAAGUCCCUCCUAUAUAUAUAUAUAUAUAUAAUAGGGUCAAAGGCUAGUGUGUUGGCUCCUUGUACAGCAGUUAAUUCAUCCCCACCCACAUCUUUAAAUAUGCACAUAACAUUUAUCACAACAGCCAUGGAUUGUACACUGCCUAUUGCUAGGUCGGCCAGACUUAUUAAAGAGCAUAGUAACCUCAUAAAAUAGGAAAUAAAAUUCACGUUGUUUGUAACCUCCACCCCUUGCCAUUUGAUAAAAUAUUAACAAAAUAUUUACACGUAAAAAUUCCAAAGUCUGUUUUUUUUUUUUUUUUUUUUUUUGCUCAUCCAAGGCUUUUAAAAAGAUAGAUUCUUAUUGGUUUUGUGCUUCUAUAUGUAUGUUUAAUGUCAUUUUUUUCUUCAGAUAUAAUCUAACCCUGAAGUUUUACAAAAGAUAUUAUUUCUGCAUCAUCAGAGAUUGUCCUUGUACAAGAUUGUUCUUCCUUUGAAAAAUUUGAGAUAUAAAGCAGUUACUGAUAGUCAAGUACGGUUGUUUUGAAGUUGUGGUAGUGGCUUGCAGAUAGCGGAACAGAAAGCUGGAAUAAGGCCCCCGAGUCGAAUGCUUUUUU